UUAAUUACUGUGUUUCGUUACCCGUUAUUGGCCGCUACAACGAGCGGCGACGGCAAGAAGCGGAGAAAUUCAUUCGCCUGAUCGAUGUACUCGCCCCCGUGACGGUGUGGAAGGCUAAUUAGGGUUGUUAGAAAGGGCGUCCGCGAUAUCUCGGACUCUUCCGACAAUCGUCUACAUCUACAGUCCGCAUAGCGACCGAAACUUUGCUUCGCGAUAAGUGAUAAGUGCACAUUUGCUAUCGAUAUGUCGGUACGUCGGAGAAGCGAUCCAUCUAUGAUUCAGCGGAUUUGGGAUGCGAUCAAAAUCACGGUACAUCAAAGGAGCUUACCUAGUAAUGAUCGUAUGGUACGGCACAUGGCUCGAGUUUACGGCUUCACGGAACAAGAGGCUCAGGAGGAACUCAAUAAGGCAGUCGAGGAUGGACUCGUUUUCUUGAAGAAAGUACCUACGAAAAGCGGUGUCGAGCAAGAAAGUUACAGAUUGCCACCGGCAGACAUGUUACAGACCGAUAAUCACGAUUGGUAUUGUUGCAAAUGCCAACGAGCAGGUGCGGUCGAAUGCUGUGAACUAUGCUGCAGGGUUUAUCAUUCGGAGUGCCAUGUACCCAGCAAUGCAAAACUAAAGAUUUGUAAUUUCUGCGAGAAAACAAACAGCGACGUAUAUUCCGACAAGGUUGAACUCAACCAUAUUCUUAAUUUUACGUGUGGCCAUCUAAAAGCGAAAUUACCGCCGGAAAUUACAAAUCGUACCAUUGUUUUUAACAACGAUCCAAUUGUUACACCACCCAAUGGCUUUUCUGGACCAACCUGGGUGAGUGAAGGUGAAGAUGCAUGGCGGCCAGGAAUUCUUAUAAAGCGUCACAUGGAUUUGGCGAUAAUGGACGCGAAAACGAGCAAUAAUGAGUAUAAUAAUCUCGUCGAAUUUGAGGCUGAUGCAUAUAAUAUUCUACAUAACAUCAUUAUAUAUCAUGGAGUUAAUAGCGUGAUAGCGGAUAUGGGACGCACGAUGUAUCAAGACUGUUGUUACGAUCUUCAAGAAAUACGUCGUUGCGCUGAUUGUUAUCGUAUAUCAAAUGAAAAAUCCGAAAAAAUGUGGUUCUGUAUACCAUGUAAUCCUCCUCAUCAACUGGUUUACGCGAAGCAAAAGGGAUACCCAUAUUGGCCAGCAAAAGUCAUGCAAGUUAAUGGCAAUGUGUAUGAUGUGCGUUUUUUCGGAGGCCAUCAUAUGAGGGCUAAUAUCGAGAAAGUUUUUAUUCGGCCAAUUUCUUCCACAUUACAAAGUUUGCAGGUAAAAAAAUCAACGGCUUGGAACAGAGCUUUUGAAGAGCUAAAGCAUCAUCAGAAUUUGCUGCAAAAGUUGGCAAAGAAUAAGGAAGAUAGCUCAAAUACAACAGAGGAUCCUACACCUGCAAAAAUGCGAAAAUUGGAAUCGUCGAGUUCUAGAAGUGCAUCACAAGAUUCUAAUUCACCAAAGCAACUGAUGAAAGAUUUGAGAGUAAGAGUUGAACGCUUGAGUUCAGAGAGUAAUACUGAAACACAAAAUACAAACGACGAGACAAAUAAUAAAGAUGCUAUAAAAACUGAAACCGAAAAUGAAGAAAGACAAGUGCCUCGUUUACCUGUGGCGGAAGACGAACCCGCGGGAGAAAGCAUAACCAGCACAUGUCCACAAGGUUUAAAGAAGGAAGGUUCUCAAGAAGAUAUGGUUACGUCUAGUUGCCAAGAACCAAGAUCAAAAUGUGUUCUCGUACAAACUGAACAAAUACAAACGGAUGGGCUUCCCGCCAAGAUUAAUUUGCAGAUUAAAAGAGAACGCAGAACUUCGGAACAACCCACGACAACGGCGCUAGAAAAAUUGCGCCGUGAAUUAGAGCUUGAAAAGUGCAAAGAAUUAGAAAGACUACAAGCGGAGCAUGCCAAAGAAUUGCGGCAAUUAACCGAUAGACAUCAACAAGUCGUCUCUGAUAUAAAAAAGAAACAAUGGUGUUACAAUUGCGAAGCUGAAGCGAUAUAUCAUUGUUGUUGGAAUACUGCAUAUUGCAGUACAGACUGUCAACAGGUUCACUGGCAGCGUGAACACAAAAGAGUAUGCAGGCGUAAGCGUUAAUUUAUGUGACGAAUACAUUGAGUACAAUGACACAUAAGAAAGCGUUCAGAUAUGAUAUUUUAUAUAAUACACACACUUAUAUGAAGCAACAAGCUCU